ACCUAGCUCCCUCCCACGCGCAGCAGCCAGGUCUCGCCUCGCACGCCAAAUGACCACUUUGACGCGGCUCCUCGCCGUCAUCGUCUUUCUCCUCUCCGCCGCCGCAGCGGCCGUCGACGCGCUCGUCUUCGACAUGCCUUCAGGUACUUCAAAGUGCUUUGCCGAGCUGCUACACGACGGCGCGGACAUCCACGUGUCGUAUCGCGUGGCGAAGUCCACCUCGGCGGCCGCCUCCACGGUCUCGGUCCGCGUGAUGGGGCCGGAGGGCGAGGAGCUGCACCUGAUGGAGGGCGUCAAGAGAGGACGGUUUGUGUUCCAGGCGGCGGGGUACGGGCAAUACAUGGCGUGUUUCUGGACACCUCACUACGAGCGCGGCGCCAUGAUCUCAGUCGACCUGCAGUGGGCCAUCGGCAAUAUUGCCCACGCCGAGGGACCCCUUGCCACCGUCGCCACUGGCAAAUAUGGAAGCAUUGAGAUGAUUGAUCAGUGGUGGCCAAUCACUAAAGCGAAGGAUAACUCAGUCCUGGAGAUGAUCCUAACCAUGCUUAGGAAGCUGUUCGUCGACUCCUAAUCCCCUGCAUCUUCGGUCCAGCAGGCCACUGCUCAGAUUUAGUUCCUCCUUCAUUUUCUAUGUUGCUUGCUGUAAUCCCUAACUUGGUUUUGUUCCAUUUUCUUGUACCUAACUUAAGCUGAUAUCCUCGGCACAACUCUGUAUGUGGUGUCUCUUCUGGGUUUUAUUAAUGUUAUUACAAGUG